AUGUACGCAGACAUCUCCAAGCCGCCGCCUCCGCUCCCGGCCCCGCGGCUGUCGGAGCUCCGGCCCAGGGUGCACCUGCUCCGCCCGCUGUCCCGGCGCGGCCACGGCCCGGGCCUGGUGGUGCUCACGCCGGACUCGGCCUCGGACAACCGGCUGGGCAUCGUCGAAGGCGUGCCGUGGCCGCUGCUCAAGUGGGCCGAGGAGGGGUAUGCAGUCGUCGAGAUCCAGACUUCCGCAGUGAAGGGCGAUGGUAGUAACGCGCGCGAUGCGCUGGAUGCCGCGUUGAAGGCGUUGGCUGCGUGCGAAGAAUGCGAUGGGCAAAGCAAGAUUGGCCUCGUUGCGUAUGACUUUGAGGCGUGGAACCUCAUCGCGCCGUCUUUAUCGCACUUUGCCACGAUUGUCGCCGGCGUCGUAUACGCCGACGACAAGGUGGCACUCGAGUCGGCCCCCAUUCCCAUACUGCAGCACCUGGCCGGCCGCUCUCCCGGCAAACGCCAGGACACGACUUCAUCAGUCAAAGUCCACUACUACCCGACGGCCCCGUCAAAGCGCUUCGCCGUACCGUUCCAGCCCGACUUCUCCGCCAACGCCGAGUCCGUCGCCCACUCGCGCAGCCUCACCUUCCUCAAGCCCCUCGUCGGGGGCCCGUACUUUGACCUCGAGGCCAUCUGGGACGAGCACACGUACUACGAGUUCGCCGACCGCUCCGUGGAGCACACCAUGAGCACCAUGGUGCAGGAGCCAUACGUGAACCACGUGCCUACGUUGACGGGCGGCAUCGGGCGGGACCACCUGUCUGCGUUUUACCGGGACAACUUCAUCUUCAACAACUCGGCCGACACAGAGCUCGAGCUUAUUAGUCGCACUGUCGGCAUCGACCGGGUGAUUGACGAGUUCAUCUUCAAGUUCACCCACGACCAGGAGAUUGACUGGCUUCUUCCCGGAGUUCCGCCCACGGGUCUCAAGGCCGAGGUUCCGUUCACGGCCGUGGUCAACAUCCGCGGCGACAGGCUCUACCACGAGCACAUCUCGUGGGACCAGGGCACGGUGCUGCGCCAGCUGGGGCUGCUGCCCGAGUACCUGCCGUUCCCAUACGCGCUGCCCGACGGCAGGACGGCGGCUGCGGGUAAAAAGUUUGAGUACCGGGUGCCGGUGCUGGGCGCGGAGACAGCGUCCAAGAUGCGGGACAAGAACAGCGUGUCGUCCAACGGGCUCAUAGGGGGGACGGUUCGUGAGGUAUGA